AUGAAGGCAGAGGAUCCUGGGGGAUAUCGGUGUUUAACACGAUGGGUGGUGGCAAAGCUCGCCAGCCACCCGGCCACUGUCAACAUAGAGGGCCCUGAAGAGGAGCCGCAGUCCCCCUUUGAGGAACUGGCAGAAGUCAUUCCCUCUUCCUCGGGUCUGACUACAAGCAAUCAAAAACUCUGUAAAACGUGUUCAUCCUGCUGCUCCAUCCUAAGUGAUACACACAUUAUUCCACCAGUUUUAUCGCAAAACAGAGGAUUCAUCAGGCAGGACGGUGAUUCUGGGCUACUUUCCCCUCUUCCUUCUGAUUCCUUCAAGUAUCUCAGCUGGUGUGACAUAGAAGAACAUGAUGUUCGAGGAAAUCAGCUUCACUGUCCCCGAGUUAGAAAAGGGCCUUCAGAAGAAGAGCUAUUUUUCAGAGGAGAAGAACAUACUUUGAAAAAAAGAAAACAAGUAACUGACACAGAGAAGUGGCAAAAGAAACUGCAAGAAAACUGGGAAAACUGUGCUGAGUUGAACCUUUCAUUCCAGGACCUGGGUGAUCUUUACCAGGUGGAAAACUUCAAAAGGAUUCUUAAAAGAUUAAUUCGGGUGGAAAAACUUUGGUUGGUGGACAAUUCUUUGACGGACCUAAGUGCCAUCAGGUUGCCAAGAUGCAGAGAACUAAAUGUCAAUAAAAACCACUUUACAUCCUUCAAACAGCUGCCAAAGAUACCUCAGAUUCAGCAUUUAUCACUUGCUGAAAAUAACAUUAUGACACUAAGUGGAAUAUCAGACUUCAGACAUACUCCACUUGAAUCCCUUAUACUCAAGAGGAAUCCCUGUGAAUUUCAAGAAAGAUACAGACAACUUGUAUUCUCCAGUUUGCCAAAUCUGAAAAUGCUGGAUGGUAUCCCAAAACUGCCUGAGGACUGCUCACCCCCAGAUAUCAGUUUUUUUUUCAAAAUGUGUACUAUACUCUAGCACUGUAUUUUUGUAGGAUCACAGCUGUGCUAGAAUCACCCCAUUUAAAAG